GUCAAUUCGCUGCCGAACAUCGUGGGGUGUGUUUCAUUCUUAGGCGCUUGCUCCGAGCCGAUUAUCUAGCCGUGAGAAACGCGUCUUUUCGUCCGCUUGAAAUCUAAAUAUUUAUAAUCGUGUAUUUGUAUUAAAAUAUAAACGACCGUUUAUUUAUACGUUUCUGUGUGAUCGCGGACAGUUUAUAAUAGGGCGUGAAAAUAAAAUAAAUUUGUGACCGAUUUAAAUUAAUAUUCCAUUCCCAAAAUGAGCCUUAAAUUGAUGGCGUUUGUUUGUGCUCUGCUGCUCCUCUGCACCUUGACCCAUGUCCUGUCGGCCGCAACCACAGUGCGUCCCUACAAGUUCGGCUUCACCAUCGACGAGCAGCAGCAUCGGGCGGAGAAGAGAGAUGAACGCGGCAUUGUCAUGGGCGAGUUUGGGUUCAUCACCGCCGAUGGAAUUUAUCACGUGACGGUUUACGCCACCGACGAGGAGGGCAAAUUCCGGAUAAUCUCCAUGAAGAGCUAUCCUUACGCGGGUCCAGUUGGUCCAAAAAAUGUUCCUGUGACUACGACUCCGAAGGCCCUGCUUCCCCCAGCUCCGGUGGCACUGCCCAAGUACAACUUCAACACGGAGGCCUGCUCGGGUUGUUUCCUGAAAAAGUCUCCUCCCAAGACUGAAAUUCGCACACUUUCACAGCCAUUGACUCCAGUUCAACCAGCAAUGAACACAUACUACACAACAAAGAAUGCCGUAACCGGACAUGUGAGGACGCAGACCUCCAAUUCGCAAUCUCCGAGUGCCAGCUCAAAGAUCGAAUACAAUGUGGGCGUGGUCGAGAAGAUUGCAACGCCGGUUUAUCCGCCAUUGAACAUCCGGUUAGACGAGGACGUGAUAAGACAAGCUAUUACAUAUGCCGAAAGGAUACCAAAGGUUCCACUUGCCAGUAACAUACAAUCCGUAGCACAACAUCCGAACACGGGCCUUAAGCAAGUUAAUAGAUCGGGAGUUUCCUCUGCGAAAACAUUGGCCAAUUUGAAGACGAGACCCACACACCAACUAAACCCACACCAAACACCUCUUUUGAGUUCAGCAACCGCCACCGGAAUUUCUGGAUUGACAGCGAAUACACCAACCGGAAGUGCACCCUCCAACGGUGGACGCAUCGCCGUGGGUAAUCCACAAGCUGGUGAAUCUGGAGGUGUUUCCGGUGCAGGAGUUCCAGGAGGAAGAAAAGUCUCAGGAUUGGGAGGAGAAAUUAAUUCUGGUAGCGGACUUGGAAGAGUCGCUGGAGCAGGCAAAGCCGCCGGAAUUGGCAGAGGAAUCGUGUCUGACCGUGGAAGUGCAUCAAGUGCAACGGGUGAUCUGUACAAAUUCAAAUACAUCCUGGACUACAAUGGACACGAGGAGACCGGCGGUCGCAAUGGUGACAAGCAGGGUAGCUACUUCGCCAUCGGCGAGGAUGCAGUGCAGCGGACCAUUGAGUACAUUGCGAACGAGUUUGGCUUCCAGCCCCACGUCAGCUGGCGGAAAUUGGACGCCAAAGAGGCGCUUCCCGAGGAGAAUUCGCUAAAGCAUUACGAGUUUAAAUGGUUUAAACAGGUAUAG